AUGUCUUCGCCAUCCACACCACGGUCGACGCGUUCCGCGUCGCCCACCGGCGAUUCGCCGAACAUUAUUACGCCCGGCCAGAAGAUCAAGGCCAUGAUGGCGGAAUUCGACAGCGAUUCGGAAGACGACACUCAAGUUGCCAAGUCAAUAAAUGCUGUCUCGAAGCUUGAUUUAGGGCGUACUUCGGUGCCGGCUGCUGAUACACGUGAGAAUGGCCCAUUGCACGACUCAGCAGACGAUUCAGACAGCGCAGAUGAGAUUUUCCGACCGAAAGGCCGUAUGGCUGCCCGUUUACAGGGUAAUUCUAGAUCGGCUGAACCCGAGAACGAUGAUUCAGCAUUUGCUCGCGUGUCAAAGGCAAUCCGAUUAGAAAAGAAACAGGACGAGACGCCUCAGCAGACAGAAGAACCACAACCCACACCCAUCGGCGAAUCUAGUGAUGAUGAUGACCUACCUGCGGCCGGUCCGAGGAGAAAGCAUAAGUCCACAACCAACUCGCCCAGGGCCGCCAACCGAAUGAGCCAAAGCCCUCCCCGUUCCAGACCCGACUCUCCUCUCUUCGUAUCCUCUCCAGGCCAACCGCAUGACGACCUAGACACCCAAAAUGAAGACACAGAAAAUGCCACUGAGAACAAGCCUAAAGGAAACGCCCGUUUCCUGUCUCUUGUCGCUCAAAAGCGCAAGGAACGCGAGGAGCGAGAGAAAGUCGAGGCCGAAAAGAAGAAGGCCAUCCGAAAAGUUCAGCUGGAGCAGUUUAGUUCGCAGGUCCUCUCAGGCGAGGAGAGCGGUGCUGAUGAUCCCCGUUCUGCGAGCAAGCUCUCCCAGAAGGCUCGUCAGCCCCGGAAAGCCAGCAAAAAGGCACUGGAUGAAAUGAGGCAGGAGACCCAGCGAAUGAGCCGUAACAUGCAACUAGCUCACCAGGCCAAGACAAAGAAGAAAAUUACCAAAGAAAGCCUGUUCGCCAAAUUCAACUUCAUGCAACCCGCUACCCCAGCCGAGCAGCUCGCGGCAAAUUCAUCGUCAGCAGUCGGAUCACAAAAUUCCUCUGACGGAGAACUACGGAACAAAACCAAAGAUACUCCACAUACUUCUCCAGUUCUUGGGCAUUUGGACGCCACCAAAUCCACUGCUGAUUCUGGGCAUGCCCAAGUUCAAGCAGCUGAAGUGGAUGCGGAUAUGGAUGCGGACACUGAAUAUUUACCUGCCCCGAAAGACCUCCUGGCGCCAAACCAGCAUCCUGCAUUGUCCAAGGGCACUGCAGUCCAGGAGGUCCCAAUUCCCGUACCUGAGCCCAACCCAGAGGGUGCUAAAUUGAAGAGAGUUUCUCGCCCACUGACACAACCACCUAUCCGCGUGCUGCUUUCCAGGCAAGAGGUUGCUGCGCACCAGAGAGAUUUGGACGAUUCAGAUAGCGAUCUUGAGGUGGUAACAUCCCCUGGCAAGUGCCGUCGCAUUGCAGCAUUCGAAAACCUGCCUACUAGGCAGAGGCAUGAAGACCCCUCUAUGACCAAGCUCAAGGCAUUGGCACAUCUGACAUCUCCUACCCGAAAAAUGGCAUCCAUGAACUCCGCAGAGCUCUCCGCAAGUCUAUUAUGGCGGGCUCGACAGCAAGCGGCCAAGGAGCGCCGGGAGCGCAUUGAAGAGCUCAGGGCCAAGGGAGUGGUCAUUGAAACAGCCGAGGAGCGUGUAGCGAUGGAGGAUGACAUGGAAAAUCUUGUGGACAAAGCACGCAAAGAGGCCGAUGAAAUCCGCCGACAGGAGAAUGCUGCUAGGAAGAAGGCCAACGGCGACGACGAAGACGAAGACGAUGACUACGAGCUUUCCGGUUCUGACCAGGAGGCUGAUGGCGAAGGAGACGAUGAAGAUGACCAGGAGGAAGAACAUGAGCGCGUCAAUGGUGGCGGGGAUCUCGUCGAACAGGAGGCAGAUGAAGACGACGAUUCCGCUGAUGAUGAGAGUGAGGUCGCUCCUUCAGAUGCAGAGAACGAGAUGCCUACCGCGAGACGGAAGCGACCAACUCGCGUGAUUAGCGACGACGAAGAUGAAGACCAACCACAACCACCUUCAACGCCUGUGAGAGCCCCGAGUUAUGUCCCACAGUCCGCCGAACGACCCAACUUCCUCGGGAUGGGAACAUCAGGCGAUAUGUCCUUAGGUCUUACUCAGGCAUUUGCCUCCACAUUGGAUGGCAAUGGUGCUGGCACUCAAGUGGAAUCUGCCACCAUGCCCUUCUCUCUUCCAGACCCUGGUCGGCCUGUUCCUCAACUUCGAAAGGAGGAAUCAGAGGUUCUUGUUCCAGACAGCCAGCCCCAGCCUCAGGAUAAAGACUUUAUGGAGGGUUAUGCACAGAGUGUGGCCCGAGUCUCAGAGUCGCCUGCGCCAUACGCCUUCUCGGAGUUUUCCCAAUCCCAGCUACCUGACCCAACCCAAGACGAGGGCUUUGUAUUCUCACCAUUCGAUCCAGCAAAAAGAUUCAGGGGUACCCCGCCUAUGUCUACCGUCGACACCGUCCUUGUGGGUCAAACUCAGUCGCCCAUUGCCGAUCGCAAGCGCAAAAUGUUGCGGCGCGGACGUGCAACUGAACUUUCUCAAUUGGACGAGAAUGAGAAUGAAGGUGACUUUGAAAUCGAUGCCAAUGCCUUCAAUGUCUUGAAGAAGGAUAAGGCUGUAAAGAAGGGUCCUGCUGCGCAAUACAACAAGAAAAACAGCAAGGCGAAAGACAUUGUCGAUGAGGCUGCCGAAGAAUCCGAGGAUGAAUACGCAGGCCUUGGAGGUCACAGUGACGAGAGCGACGGCGAAGAAAAUGCCAUUGAUCGCCAUAUGAUCAAUGACAACAGUGGCGAGGUGGUUGAUGAGAAGGAGCUUGCCGCACUCAAUGCGGUUCACGAUCGCAACCGUGACGAGAAAGAUGUCGCCAAGUUGAUGAAAGAUAUCACGACUGGAGCCCUCCGUCGUCGCAAGAAUGCGGAUGAUGACUUUGACCUCGACGACUCGGACGAUGAGCACCUAGCACGUCGUCGUGAGAAGCAACGCGAGUUCGCUAAGAUGCGCCGUGCUCUUUUGGCAGAUGAGAAAAUCGGCGAGAUUGCCGAGAACCCCAAGAAGGCCGCAUUCUUCAAGGCCGUUGAGGACCGUGAAGUUGAUGAUGACUUCAAUAUCGACUUCCUGAAUGAAGAAGAGGACGCCUCCCAAGGAGAAGCAUCUCAGGACCCCGCUUCAGGAGAACAUUCCAAUGAUGCGACGAGUGAUGGUCAGAACCGCAAACGCCCUCUCGAACCAUCAGCUGAAGAUGCAACCAACCGUCCGGCGGCUCGCCUCCGUCGCACCCCCGCCAGUGCAAUGUCCAAGAAACCAGCCACCAUAGCAGAGAUUCGUGAAACGUUGUCCUUCCUCACCGAAACCCCGGAAUACGACUCCUUCCAGGACGAUGCUUCUCUCGACGAUGCAGAACAUGAGCAAGAAGAUGAAGAUACUCCCGGUGGGGACGAAGGCGAUGAUGAUCAACCACAACCGGACACCACCUUCGCCAAACCCAGCCACCCACGCCGCACGCGCGGAGUUGUGGUUGACCGUCUUGCACUCCUCCGACAAGCAUCCUCCAAUUCCGCCACAGGCACCAACACUGGCUCUGCAAACUCCAAGCUUGCAUUCCACAGCGGCAGCGGCGGAGAGGGUCCCAUUGGCUUCCGCCCUCCCCAACUUCUGCGUCGCGUUACAACUGGCUCUUCCUCUUCCAGUAGCUCGAACGCCUCCAACCGUGUCUCCAAAGCCGCAGCUUCGGGUCCUAAGAAGGGCGGUGCCGUCAACUCCUAUACAGCUGCGCGUGAGCGUGAGCGUGAGAAGGAGCUCCGCAUCAAGCAACGCAGCGGGGGAUCUAACAUUGCCAAGUUGCUGGGUAAGCAUACUGGUGGUGGUUUGGGUGGCCUGGAUAAAGGCCAAUGGGACUGA